AUGGCGACCAAGGCAUUCCCCAGCACUGCAACUUCAGCCAAGGUGUUAGUGGAUGUCAGAUGUCCCCUUCCUCCAGAGAUCUUGGGUGCUCCCUUGCUGAGCAGCAGGGUCUACAUCUUGGUCUUCAGGAUGGCCAUGGAACACCGCUGCCUUCCAUGCUCUCAUCUCAGAUUUUCAACGCUAUGCCGAGGCUAUGCUGGCUUUUCUUUCGAUCUGAACGGCUUACGCUUGGACGACUUGGACGACUUGGACGACUUGGAAGGUGUCCACAGACUGUGGUCCUUCUACGUGUGGAUGAGGCCUAUGCCACUCUGGACUCGCCCCGAAUUCCUUGACGCUUGA